ACGGACAGAAUGAGUUCAAGUCCGCCAGGCUCCUUCCUCCUCCGGUAUUUACAUGGAUAAUAGAUUUAUCAUGCGGCCGGUGCGGGGAGGGGUCUGCGCCGCAGAUCCCUCAAUCCUUUUGGCUGGAGAUAAGACGAGGAGGAGUGGCCGACGGGUAACCGAGAGAGCACCAAGGGGGCAAGAGGGAAUCACUAAUGAGAGAGAGAGAGACAGAGAAAGAGAGAGAGAGAGAAGUCAAAGAGAGAGAUAGAGAGAGAGAGAGAGAUCAUCAUCAUCAAAGAAGCUCUCAGAGACUAGAUCAGAGUUGUCCAGCAAGAAGCUUCAUCCAGCUUGGAGGGAACCGUCAGCGGAGCGUCCCGCGCGCUCCCGGCCGAUCCCGCGAGCCCCCCCUGACCGCCGCCGCCGCUGCCCGCAGCGUCCCGCUCUCUCUGCGGUCCACUUACUAUGGGUUGUGUCGCCAACUCCUCCGGGACUGAAGUGCUACUGCAGCUGGAGGCUCUCCGCAGCGCCGCGCAACUUUCUCAACUCUUUCGUCUGUCGGAGAGAAAAAAGACGAGCAAAUGUACCGCUGUGAAGACUGUGAUGAGCUGUUCUCCUCAACCCUUGAGCUACGGCGGCAUCAGAAGUAUUCAUGCUCCAGUUCCGGGUCCAUCUUUGAUGCACUGAGAGAUGAUUUUAAACAGGAACGUGAGGACAGCGAUGAGCCUGUCCACGAGUGCAAAGACUGUGAGAAGAUCUUUCCAAAUGAGUACAGUUUGGGGCAACACAUGAUAGUUCAUACAGAAGAGAGGGAAUACAAGUGUGACCAAUGUCCCAAAGCCUUCAACUGGAAGUCCAACCUCAUCCGCCACCAGAUGUCACAUGACAGUGGCAAACGUUUUGAGUGUGAAAACUGUGAUAAGGUACAGCAAACCCGGCACGUGUUCACAGACCCCAGCAACCUUCAGCGCCACAUCCGCUCCCAGCAUGUGGGAGCACGCGCUCACACAUGUCCUGAAUGUGGCAAGACCUUUGCCACCUCAUCAGGUCUCAAGCAGCAUAAGCACAUCCACAGCAGUGUAAAACCCUUUAUCUGCCCUGAUGGGCUGUGUCUUUUUGCUCCCCCAGGUGAGGUGUGCCACAAGUCCUACACCCAGUUCUCCAACCUCUGUCGUCACAAACGCAUGCAUGCUGACUGUCGUACCCAGAUCAAAUGUAAAGACUGUGGACAGUUGUUCAGCACUACCUCUUCCCUCAACAAGCAUCGUCGCUUUUGUGAGGGUAAAAACCAUUAUGGCUCUCCAGCAGGGAUGUUCAAYCCUGGGAUUGCUAUGAGCUCUAGUCCCAUCAUGACUAAAGCCAAAUCCCAUCAUCCCCACCUUCCAGGUCUGAACCAGUCUGGUUUAGGCUUUACUGACUACUUUCCUUCAAGACCUCAUCCUCAUGCUGGCUUGCCCUUCUCCCCAGGACCUCAUGGUUUCCCAUCUCUCCCACAUGGGUUCCCUGGUAUCUUUCCUCCAUCACUUUAUCCACGACCACCUUUAUUACCUGCUAGUCCAUUAUUAAAGAGUCCACUGGGUGGAAGUGGUCAGGAGGUGAAGCUCCCUCGAAGUCCCUUAGAUGCCCCUCCACUGUCCCUUGUUAGCUGUACAAAUAGCAAUGGAGUCAGUUGUUUGAGUCCACAGGAAGACAAGGAAAAGGAGAUCAAACUUGAUUURUCUUCUAGCAGAGAAGCAAAGCCUAAGUCUAAGAUGGCCGACCUGUCAGAUGGUAGUGAUCUUGAAGACGUUAAUACCACAAGUGGGACAGAUUUGGACACUACCACAGGUACUGCUUCAGGUGACGGUUCGGACYUGGAGAGUGAAGGAGAGAGCGAACGUGGUAAAAGAAGGAAGCCAUCUGGCAUUGUGUCAAGUCAAGAAGCAAACCAGUUAGAAGACACAAACAGUGUGUUAUUAUCAGCAGUGUCCAGUUCAGGAGCUCUUUCUGUAGAUCGUCCAUUUCUUGCUUCUGCAUCAUCGCAGCACUCCUUCUUUCCUCCCCCUGAUGAGCAAGCCCUUCCACCCACCACCACACACGCCAAUGCAGCCACCACUGAUUCCAUCAAAGCCAUUGCUUCUAUUGCUGAAAAAUAUUUUGGUCCAGGUUUGAUUGGACUUCACCCAGAGAAAAAGAUGGGCCCACUGCCCUACCAUUCUAUGUUUCCCUUUCAGUUUUUGCCCAACUUCCACAACUCCCUCUAUCCUUUUAGCACGGAUCGAAGCGCUCUCAAUCCCAGUGUAUUCCUAAAGUCUGAACCCAAGUCUCCCCGUGAACAGCUACAGAAGAUGGUUUCAAGUUCCCCUGCAGCCCCUGCUCCUUCGGCAGAGUCUCCAUUUGAUCUCACCACAAAACCCAAAGAGGCCAAGGUAACUCCUCCAACCCCAACAAACCCCUCAAUUUCCGGCAGCACUGGGAGCAAUAGUGGACCUGUAGCAAUAUCCAGCAGUGAAGAACAGCCGCUCGACCUCAGCAUUGGCAGCAGGAGCCGUGGGGGUCAUAAUGGUGUGCCAGCUGAUCUGCAGAAUCGAAARAACCACAUUUAUGGAACAGGAAAGAGCGUCCCCAAUAAGGAAGAAACCUCAGGUGGUUUUCCACACCCCCAUUCGCAAUUGUUGCACCAAUCCUCCAUACCCCAGCACCAGCAGCCACAAUCACAGCCACACCAGCCACCACUCCUGCACUAUGCCAAGCCCUCAGCAAUCUUCAUGGACCCCAUCUACAGGGUGGAGAAGAGGAAACUAUUUGACCCAGUUGGAGCUCUGAAGGAGAAAUUCCCCAGGCCCUCACURUCACUCUUCCAUCCACAGAUGUCAGCCAUGGAAAAUAUGACAGAAAAGCUGGAGAGCUUCGGUGCUCUAAAACUGGACGCGCCGCCCAAUUCGCUGCAACACUCAACCCAUCCACUGUUCAACUUCCGCUCACCACCUCCUUCUCUCUCAGACGCAAUCCUUCGAAAAGGCAAGGAACGUUACGCUUGCAGGUACUGUGGGAAAAUAUUCCCCCGUUCAGCAAACCUCACCAGACAUUUGCGAACACACACAGGGGAACAACCCUACAGGUGUAAAUACUGUGAYCGCUCAUUCAGCAUCUCAUCCAAUCUUCAACGUCAUGUCCGCAAUAUCCAUAACAAGGAGAAACCCUUCAAGUGUCAUCUGUGCAACCGCUGCUUCGGUCAGCAAACCAACCUCGACCGCCAUCUCAAAAAGCACGAGCACGAGAACAUUCCUGUGAGCCAGCAGUCCGGGAUGCUUUCCAACUUAGGAACCACCAUCUCCUCUCCAAACUCCGAGCCAGACAAUCAUGCACUUUUAGAUGAGAAGGAGGACUCUUACUUCUCCGAAAUUCGCAACUUCAUUUCCAACAGUGAGAUGAACCAGGCCUCCAGCUCCAUGGAGAAAAGGUCAGACCAGCACGAGGAGGAGCGCCCUCCCAGCCACAGUUUGUCCAACUCCAAGCUAGGGCUCCAGGGACUGGAGGAAGAGGAAGAGGAAGUGGAAGGGGACGAUGAGGAGGAGGAAGAAGGCAGCCUGACGGAGAAGUCRCAUGAUGAGGCGCCAGAGUCCCCUUCUCCGGUAACAACAGGAGUGUAUGAGGAGGAUGAGGAAGAGGAAGACACUGAGACAGCUCCGUUAGCUAUGAGCUAUGAACACACUCGCAGGUGUAUAGAGGAGGAGGGUUCUCUCCUGGACCUGGAGGGUCUGCCCAGCUUUCCUAAGAGCCUGGAGGGUUUACGUAAAGCAGCCAUUGACGAGCAGCCCUUUGAUGUUAAAGACAUUUUUAACACGUCACUAGAGUCUGAGGCAUUGAAAGAGACAUUAUACAGGCAGGCUAAAACCCAGGCUUAUGCAAUGAUGCUGUCGCUCUCAGAGAACAACCCUUUGCACGCUCCCUCCCAGAACUCUCUGGACGCUUGGCUGAGCAUGGGAGGUGGACCGUCUGAGACGGGCAGCUUCCACCCACUCAACCAUAUCUAAGCAAAGAGAAAUGGUGGGAGGAACAGUUGGAGGAACUUGAGUCUCCUAAACCGAUGGAAACAAGAGGCUAAGACACAAGUGGGAAGACAUGAAGGCCAGAGAAGAAUUCAUUGUCACUUACAUUCAAGAUAGAGCGAAUGAGUGCGUGUUGUGUGUUUGUGUGAGUGAGAUAGGAGUGUCCCUUUGUGAGGGGUCCCGCAAGACUGUCUAAGAGAAAGCACUGCUAAGCUCCUGUUGAUGUGAAGGACCUGAUGAAUGCUUUUCUUUYGAAGCAUUGAGACUCUGCAUUACUCUGAUGCUCCUUCAAGUGCACAAGGCUCACUGCAGCAUCACAGACCCCCCCUGUCGGAGGCUUUCCUAAAGACAAUGACUGAUAAUGUCUCUAAAGUCUGUGUACAAUGCCUGAUUUGAGCAUUGUAGCAUUGGCACUGCAUGUCCACCAGGUGGCACUGUUUGAGCAGGAACACAGUGGGCGUGUGCGCGGUCCUAUCCACGUUUUCUUUUCUUUCAGAAUCAACAACAGCACCACACGAAAUAUAAAUAUUCAGAUCCAGCAGACUUUUGAAUUGUCAGUGAUUACAUGAAGAACAAUGUCCACUGUGUUUUUAAUAAACUUUCUGGGCCACUAGCGCUUGUAAUUGGUUGCAAAUUUUGUUUAUAUUGAAAAUGAAUUUAAAUUAUGCUUAACAAAAAGCCAGAUUUUUUUUUCUGUGUACUGCAUCAUCAUUUAAUUGUAUUUACUUUUCUAUUAGAUACAGCAGUAUUGUUUAUUUGUAGACGUCACAGGGCAAAGACAUUAAUUUAAUUAUUUUAGAGAAGGACCAAAUUGUAUGAUAAUGUCAUAUUAUAUAUCAAAAAAUAGAUGUUCAUAACAAAAGUGGUAUGUGCCAAAUAACCCAUAGAAAAUGUUGUUUUUUUCUUUGACAAUCAUUUCAUUUUCAAGGAGCUCACAUUUGCUGUCACAUUUUUUUCUCUCUCUCUCUUCUUGUUACACUUAUAUUUUUGAUUUGAGAAGUGUGUGUAUGUAUUUAUUGUUUUUGCUGUUUUGAUUCAAGGAGUGAAAAUGAAGAAAAGUAUUUUCAUCCCUCUUUUCUGGAAGGAAAAAACAAAUCCACCUAUCAAAAUGCAGGGCGAGAUUUUGAAUCUCUGGUUUUGGUAGGCUAGUGUGCCAAAAUGGAAAAACCCCAUGAAAAAUGUUUUUUAUUUAUAGUUAAACACGUGCRUAGUUAGUUUUAAAACCUUGUUUGGUGAUGAUGCAUCUUUCAGAGUUUAGUUUCUUUUAUUUCCACUCUCUCAGUUUUUCUAGGCAGACCUAAACAAGUAUCACUAUGAAUGUCAAUAAAAGGGCAUUAUGUUCUCACUGAAUCAGUUUAAACCACAUUCACAGCUUUUUAAUGUUUGGUAUUAAUUGUAAUAAUUUGUCCAUUUAAAACGCCUAAAGCACACAAUCACAACUGCAUGGUCGAUUUAUUGGUUAUACGAAAAGAGAGGACUCACGUUGAAAGAAUAAAGUGGACAUCUAAAUUCUGCUAAUAGAUGAAAAGAUGAAAACCAACUGUAGUUGAUUCUAGAUGGAAGUUAAAUUCCUCAUUCUUCCCUUAGGAUUAUUUUUAAGAACCCAUUCCAUUUAAUYUGCAGCUUGUGCCGUGGAUGGUUAGGUUAAUUUACUGUCGAGAUGUGUGGGAGGCAGUGCGGAGCACUGCUGAUCUCUUUCCCUCCCAGCAAACUGUCAAGAAUCGGGCCUAAUGCUGUACCUUCAAACUAGCACUUAAACCAAAUGGGUCCAAGCCAUAAACUGAUCCGGCUUUGUUCUCAUGGUGAAACUUAAAACACAGAUGCAUUUUCAAGUUGAUUUCACUUUGAAUGGUUGAGCGCAAUCAGGCUCCGUUGAUAAAAAAAAAAAUGAACAGAAAGCACUGUAAUCUUUUCUUAAUGACAGCAGGUGGUAUGUGAUGCUGGGACUGCUGCGUCAUCUCAUUUUUCUGAGGACUUGUUUUUAUAUAAUUCUACUGAAUGAGAAUCCAUUCAUGAUUAACACAUUGUUUUUCAAUUUGUGGUUUAAAAAUGUAAAAACUUGGAUGACUACGAUUUUUUAGGUUGACUAUAUGUAGUUAUUCAUGUCAUGGACUACUGUAACAAGUACGCGCUGUGUAAAGCAAUUAAACUGAAGGCGUUGAAGUGCUCCACUUUGGUUACUUCAGAAGAUAUUCUGGUCACUGAAAUAUUUUUCAGCAAAACAAAACAUGGUUGCUAUUUGCCCCACUGUUACAAAAGAAAGUAAAAAAAAUACACAUGAUUUCUUUUUAAACUGUAUAGUAUUUUAAAAGAAUGAAAAACAUUGGUGCAUUUGUCUGAAGAAAAAAAAUGUUGAAUAAUAUGGGUUUCAAUGGAUGGUGCUUGUUUUGUUUCAAUCUGAGUUGUAUAUCUGUUAUGUUUAUUGAAAACAAACAAAAAAGUUAUUGUGCAUGACGUGUUUAGCAGUCAUAAUGAUGUCCAUUUGUGAAAUGUGUAUCAAAUUUUAAAAAAAUCUGAGAAAAAAAAGCAAAACAAAAAACUAAAUAAAGAAAUAAAUCUGUAGAUGCACUUAUUGUACAUGUGUUUAGGUUAGUAGGUUUGACUUCAAGUUCUGACUGCCUCACAGAGGUGCGGGCAGGCUCUGAAAGACAUAGAAAAGACUUGCGGGAGAAGACAUAAUGAAAAACAAUAAAAGAUUGUAGAAUAAUAUUGAACAAUUCUGAAAUUGCUGUUCUUUUGAUGCUUGUGAUUAUUGCAGAUGUACUUUAGAGAAAUUUCAUUGAAAAGAUACGACUCUGAUGUUAAUUCUGUAGAAUAGCAAUGUAUACCAAAUGUAAUCUUUCCAAUGCUAUGAAGAAUUUAUACAUGAAAUUGAUAUGCAAUAAAACCUGUGUGCUUUUUA